GUCCACGUCCGAUCGAACGAGAUUCAGUUGCGUAGAAGUCCUGGGAUAAAAGGGGUAACGUCGUGUGCAACCUAUGGAUGCAUGAAAGGAGAGGCUCUGACACCUAAGAAGCAUCAAUCAUAUAAUUGUUGUACCAUUAUUGUUGUUGUUGUUGCUUGUGCUCCCUUCGUCCCGCACCGGACUGCUGUACUUGGCAAGUUUCGAAAGGAAGCUUUCGGUAAACAAGGACCACGUGAUAGCGGCAUGGUGCAGAUCGCGUAGUGGGGACUGCCAGAAGGGAAGGAUCGAGCCAAUCUCGACCUAAAGAGCAAAACACAGUCAGAUAGGAAUGGAAUCGAGCGAUCGCUGAGAUACGAGCCAGAGGUCACGUUUACAUCCAAAGAGCUCUUCCCGGACCCGAUGUAAAUGUGCAUUUGUUUAUCCAUCCGCGCAGAGAUUACCUAUCAUUUCGGAGCAGCUGUUCCACGAGCUAGUUUGUGCUUUACCAUCGUCCGGUUAUGACCAUUUAACUUGCGGACGACAAGAGGCAACCCAAAAAACAAUAACAAUUGAAUGACAUGUCACAGAGGGACACUGUUAUACAUCUAGUGGCCGGGGGGGUCGCCGGAACUGUGGGAGCCAUAGUGACAUGCCCUCUGGAGGUGGUGAAGACCCGUCUGCAGUCCUCCAGGUCAGGUUUCCACGAACUGCCCCAAAUCGCGCAGGACACCACCAGCAAGACCACCUGCCGGACACUACAGAGGCGUAGGUUAUGGACAUCCUCCCAUCAUCUCCGGCCUCAAGUUGUGGCUCUUUCAGGUUACGUUGCCCCAUCCACGCAUAAUAUAGGACUGGUCCAAUGCCUGAGGCACAUUAUUAAAUAUGAGGGCCCGAUGGCGCUCUUCAAAGGGUUGGGACCGAACCUGGUCGGAGUGGCACCAUCCAGAGCCGUGUAUUUCUGCACGUACUCGCAGGCGAAGCUCUUCUGGAACACCGUUUUCCCGCCGAACUCGGCGAUGGUGCACAUGCUGUCCGCCUCUUGCGCCGGUUUCAUGGCGAGCACCCUGACCAACCCCAUAUGGUUCGUGAAAACGCGUCUGCAGCUGGAGGUGAACAAGGACGGCAAUCGGAUGACGGCGAUGGAGUGCGUCCGAAGGAUAUACAAGCAAUCCGGUUUUCGCGGAUUCUACAAGGGUAUAUCCGCCUCUUACAUGGGCAUAUCCGAGACCAUCGUCCACUUCGUGAUCUACGAGGCUCUGAAAGCCGAGCUGAUGGCGCACAGGCAGCGCGACUCCGAUACGCGAGACUCGCGCGACUUCCUCGAGUUCAUGAUGGCGGGCGCCGUCUCCAAGACGGUCGCCUCCUGCGUAGCCUAUCCGCACGAGGUGGCGCGCACCCGUCUCAGAGAGGAGGGAAGCAGAUACAAGGCCUUCUGGCAGACGCUCGGUCUGGUCUUCAAGGAGGAAGGAAUCAAGGGUGUUUACAGGGGUUUGACCACCCAACUGAUAAGGCAGAUACCAAACACGGCCAUCAUGAUGGCCACCUACGAGGCUGUGGUUUACAUAUUGUCGACGCGGUUCGACAACGAAUUUUACACAAAAGACGAGCACGUCUAAAGCUCCCAAUCCCCUUUCUUCUGAUAGUCCACAUACAGGGACGAGCGAGGCGGGCUCCGAAUCUUGUUUAAUUUUUCUUUUUUGUUCCGUUCCUAUAGUGAUUAAGCGAAAUUUCGAAUUACAUUUUUGGAUACUAAACUCGCUGUUACCUAGAUACAGAUAGAUUUAAAAAGAAAAAAACAAAUAUUUUUAUAUUUAUAGAAAAUUAAUAACACUUUUUGCAUACGAGAAUCCAGAAAAUCGACAUAUUUUAAAUAUUACCAUUUAAAAUAUUAGAUUUUCGAAUAUCGCACAACC